AUGCCUUCCUCCCUAUACAUCCCCUUUCUCCUGGGGGGCAUGAUCCUUACAGGAUCAACAAACUCGUUAUGGACCAAGUGGCAGGACAUGCAAUGCGUCGAGAACUGUUCAGACCCAGACCCCUCAAAGCAUGUGCUCUACGAACAGCCCGUAUGGCAGACCCUUCAGAUGUUUCUCGGCGAAAUGCUCUGCUUCUUGCCUGUAAUCUACACUUGGCUGGCGACUAGGAACAAGCGCCCGCUUUCUCCAGUCCGUCUCGAGGAUGACGACAACCAGCUAGCGCCCCUCACCGCCAAGGACGACGAUGACAAGCCCCAGCAGCUCCACGGCUGGAAGGUCUUCUUGCUUUGGAUCCCCGCCGCCUGCGAUCUCACGGGAACGACGUUAAUGAACAUCGGCCUUCUCUACACGCCAGUUUCAAUUUAUCAAAUGACACGCGGUGCUCUUGUUCUCUUCGUUGGUGUAUUCAGCGUGAUCUUCCUCAGGCGCCGUCUAUGGCUUUAUCAAUGGAUUUCCCUUCUUAUUGUCAUGUCAGGAGUCGCAUUAGUAGGCUAUAGUGGCUCUCUCGUCAAACACGUUGUCCAAGAAGCCAUCCCUCCUCCGGCCUUGCGCUCCCUCGCUGCCAGAGCCGCCAUGCCGACUGUCAAGGCUUCCGAGUCUGAAAACGUUAGCACGGUCCUCCUCGGCGUCUUCUUCGUCCUAUUUGCACAGAUUUUCACCGCCACCCAGUUUGUCGUUGAAGAGAAGAUUAUGGGUAAAUACGCCGUAUCCCCCCUAGUCGCCGUCGGGUACGAAGGCCUCUUUGGCGCUAUCUCCAUCCUCCUCCUCUUCCCCAUCCUCUCCAUCCCUUCCGUCGCCGCCAAAUCCCCUUUCUUCGACCUUGCACGCGGAUGGCGCCAAAUGGUCACCACCCCCUCCGUCAUGUGGUCUGGUGUCGCCAUCGCUAUCAGUAUCUCCCUCUUCAACUUUUUCGGGUUGAGCGUUACGAGACACUUCCUCUUCAACAACCUUGUCCGCGCCCCACCCUGCAUCCCCAUGCCCGCUCCAGAGGCCAUCGCCGCUCCUCCAAGCGGCACCGCUGGCCCCUCAUCCGCCCGCGCCAGGGAUGAAGAGGAGAGGGAAGGUCUCCUCUCGAGCACGCUCGACGAAACUGCGGCGCUCCCUGCUGAUUUGGGACAGGGUGGGUAUGAUGUUGUACCGGAAGGACAGCAUGCUGCUUUGGCUGUCGCCAAGUCGAGUUCUGGACGUGAUUAG